AUGGUCAGCGGUACAUUAUUUCUUUCAAAUGAACUUCAUGAUAGCUCCUCUCACUCUGACUUCGCGCAUCAUGGCGGUUUUCACAACGACAGAACACGAGUUGACGAGCAUCAAGUGAUUCAAUGUAAUUGUAAUUCUAUAAAAAUGUUUUGUCGAUCAUGUGGAGAGAGUGUUUCACAAGAAGCACGAUUUUGUGGGAAAUGUGGAAAUGGUAAGUUUUUUUUUGUACUAUAAAUUAUAAUAUAUUCUAACUGACUAUUUAUAAUUGAUUUUAUAUAUACCGUACCUAUCAAUAUUAAUCCUGGGGGGUAAGGGUGCGGGCAAUGGGUGGGGAUUUGACAAAAAAAUUUUAAAAUUGGGUCAAAUGCCCGCUGGUGGGGCAUUCUCAGAUAAUCAAAUGUUUAAAAACAGACGCACUAAGGGGAUAGAUCGAGGCAAAAUAUUUUAAUAACAUUUAAUAUAAAGAGCCACAAAAAGUGUCUGGGCAUCGUAACCAGAUUAUGUACUGUAUUCAAAUUCCAAAAGGCCAGAAGGCAGAAGCGGAUGUGGAAUUAAAAAAUAAAAAGUUUCCGGACUUCCGGUUGACCGGUUUUCUCGAUUCUAGUGUCCAGGCUUCGUACUAAAAUCGCAUUAUUGAAUUAUGUUGAAGGGCAAAUUGCCUGCAUUCGGGCAAAAAAUCUUUGUCAAAUGCCUGUCUGUGGGGAUAGAAUUCACGAUUAAAUCCCCACCCAUUGGCUGCACCCUUACCCCCCCUGGAUUAAUAUUGAUAGGUGCAGACUAGGGGUGCACCGGAUUUCAAUUCCGGCCGGAUUUAAUGAAUUUUCCGGCAUCCGACAGGAUUUGGAGAAAAUCCGGCUGGAUUUAAAUUUCUGUUUUGAACUUAAAAAAUUCACCAAGAAUGGGAUAAACCAUCAAUUUGGCAGCUUUAAAGUUUAAAAAACACUUUAAAAAACGUUUUAAAAAACACAUUAAGUUAUUAACAAAAAGAUAUUAAAAAAGGUUUAAACACAAUAAAAAAUCUAAACUGACAAUAACUAAAAAUAGUAAAAAACAUAAACUGCCAUUUUGAAUACUGAUUUAUCCCCAAUUCUCCCCAUUACCGGUUUAUCUCAAAUCCGGCUGGAAUUCCGGCCGGAAUUUUUGUCCAAAUCCGGUAAAUCCGGUUCCGGCCAGAUUUGAAAAUUCCAAAUGCAGUGCACCCCUAGUGCAGACAUAUAAAGACUAUAUAUAUCAAGGUAUUUGAUCAGGUAUGCAAGCCUAUAUAAAGUUUAAUCCUCGAUUUAAUCGAUAUAUCUAAACUGUGUUCGGACAAUCCUUAAUCUGUUAACGGUUACAAAAUUAAUGACAAAUGUGAAAUGAACUUUAAUUAGUAGUAUUAUUACUAGUGCAUGGUAUUUAAUUAAUUAGACCAGGUUCAAAUAAUAACGCUUUUUAUUAAAUACGCCCACAUAACCCAGGUUUUGUUACCUUGGUAGCAGUGCAAACUGUGGGGGGAGAGGUAGCUUGAAUUAUUGGACUCCAUAAAUAGACUAAGCCUCAAGAUAAACUAAAGGAAAAAAUAAACAAACUAUUGAACAGAAAAAAAUGUUGAAAAACUUAUAAUAUUAUAGGAAUAGGACAAACAUUGGUAUUAAGUGGCAGCCAUUUUCUGGGACAGCAAAUGUGCGAAGGUUCACUCACAUGAUACUCACUCUUUAAAGAAAAGUCACACAGGUUUAAACAUAUGCAGUGAACAGAAAAUAAGAAACUGUCAGGAGGGGGAGGGGUGUGCUCUUGCCCCAGUGGAAGCAGGUAGUUUUCAAACAAGCCCAAUACCCCUUGCCCUCUGAUACAAAUGACUGACCGGUGAAAAUUAAUAUAGUCCAACAUGCAAAGAUUUUAUGAAUUAGCAAGAACCAAAAGAUGUCUGAUAGUGAAAUUUAUAUGUGAUUGCUGUCUAGUUUAUUUUUAGACUUGCAGAAAUUUUCCUAUGACUUUCAUAUACUUUAGUUGUGAGCAGAUGCAUUCCCCCCACACCCAACUCUCUUUUACAUUAGGGGAGGGUGCACAAUGAAAAAAAUGUCUAUUAACAAAUCUUUUUUUAACUUUUGUAUUAUUACUUUGUUUAUACUAAAUAACUGCUAAUAUUAACUAAUAAAAGUACGUUUUUCCUAGCUCAGCCAAUAUCAAAACCACAUCAGGGAUCAGAACUGACAGAAGCACAACAGGCAUCAGAAGCAAGUUGUAGUUCACAAGUUAGAGGUGUGUAUCACAACAUUCCUUUCUUAAACCUUGUUUCCAUACUAGUGCAAUAAAAAUUGCAAGUCAGAGCAUUCGAAAUUCACGUUUCCAUAGUACCAUAUUGAAAAAAAGUUGCAAGUCAGAGCAUUUGAAUAUCACGUUUCCAUAGUACCAUAUUUGCAUAUUCCAUUCAUUCAUAGGUAUUGAAUACAUAUGAAUGAAUGGAAUAUGCACUCAUGGGCUAGCUUGUGCAAGUAUAAAGAAGUUGAUUUAUUUGUAUCCCAAUUGCACAGAUUCUCAUUUAGAGACAUGCCAAGUAUUUUGAGUUCACUUGUUUUAAUUGAUGGUGGAAGUGUUUUGUUUGUUUUUCAUUUCACAACCGUUUCCCAUGUCUUCUUAAAAUUCAGGAACAUACAAUUUUCUUCUUGCCUUCGCUGAUUUUUCUUCACUUCUCUCUCACAAGGGUCAUAAAUAUUUACCAUGACAGAACACUAAGUGCUAUCUCAUCUGCGAACAUCAACAAAUUUCUAGACUCGUCUUCAACGUUGAGAUCAUUAACCAUUAUGCUAAUUAACAUUUGUCCAAGUACUCAUCCUAAAUCCCAAGUAAAUCCACAAUUCAUAGUAAUCCCGCAACUUAUAAUAAAUCCCAAGCCAAUAGUACUCUGUGUCAUUCCGGGCAUAGGCCUGGGGCGAAGGUACUAGCUUUCCUUGGGUAUUUAGCUACACUUGGAUAAUGAGUGAGUUCUAAAUAUUAGUGGCAAAUAAAAUUAGUUGUGCACAAUAUUGAAUGGGCGAGGGGUUACUGCACGCAUGUAUUUCCAGUAAAAACAGGUACAAAUAUAGAUAUGGAUAAAUAUCAAGAUUUUGUUGGCAUCUCACUCGAAUGAAUAAUAUUUGUCGAUGGGAAUUGUGGAUGGAAAUUGUCAAGUGGAAAUUUAUAUGAGUGUAAAUUUAUAUACAUUUAUUAGGACUAACCAGGAACAGCUGCAACUUUAGGUCUCUGGCAGUGCUCUAACCAACUGAGCUACAGAGGCCAGGUGUCGACAAUUUCGAUCUACAAUACCCAUCAAAUACUAUUCAUUCAAGUGAGAUGCCAACAAAAUCUUGUUAUUUACUCAUAACUUAUAUAUGGUAGUACCCUAGUACAUGUAAUUGUGGUUAUAGCUUCGACAACUGGCCUCUGUAGAUCAGUUGGAUAGAGCGUUGCACCGAAAUCGCAGGGCCGCAGGUUCGAUUCCUGCCAGCGACCUAAAGUUGUAUUUUUCACAGCUGUUCCUGGUUACGUCUUAUUAAUGGAUAUAAAUUUCCACUCGACAAUUUACAUCUACAAUACGUGUACCCAACAAAUAGAGAAUGAUACCCUAUUACAUACUUUCUGACAUAAUGUUUUGCUGUUGUAGUACUUAGUUAUAAAAUAAUACAACUUGGUACCUUUUCUUGCAGAUUAUGUACCAAGGGAAGCACCACAUGAUAAGAAAAAAGUAAAAUCAUUUAGUGAAUUCCAUAAAUCUAAAGGGAAACAAUGGAAAUCUUUAGUAUCCAAAACAUGUGGGAAGAAAGGGAAGAAUCCAGAAGGAAAUGUGCAGAUACAAAUUGGUCUGUUUGAGUGGAAUUUAAAGGACAUGAAGCUGAAGCCAAAACGUGGAAAAAAAGUAGUACUGACUGUCUCAAAUGUAGCACCUUAUGCUGAUAUUCUUCAGCAGGCUGUCGACAAAUGGAAAGCAUUUCAUAGCGACUGCUAUGAUGAAGAGGAAGAUUAUGUUCUUCUUUUAGAAGACGGAAAAGAAGCUUUGUUCCUUCCUGGUCCUUAUAAAGAAUUCUUCACUUUGAAAAAAUAUAAAGAAGAGCUUGGAAAGGACUACAACAAGAUUACAUUAUUCUUAUGCACAAGAGAUGACUUCAGUCAACCUGAAGAGGAUGCAGAAAGUAGUGGUUCAUCAUCGAGCAAGAGAUCACGGGUUCAAACGUACUUCAACGAUGAUGGGGUGUUUGAAAAUUAUCAAAACGAUCAACUGCGCUCUCCAAUGCAAAUUGAAGUAUGUCGGGAAGAGAAUACUGCUGGUACUAAUAACACACAAUUAGAUGUGGAAGCUCAAAUCAACAGCGACGAGGCCCUAGCCAGAGAGAUGCAAUCCGAAUUCGACGUGCCAACAAUCGAGAUUGGAGAUGAAAUUGAGAAGAGUACUAGUGAGCCGUCUCAAUGUUCAAAUCUCAGUCUUCCCAGUUUGGUAAAGCAAAUGGAAAACAAAGUGGACAAAACAGGGCAAUUUUUUCUUGUGGUACGACGAGGUGCAGCAUUUCGAAGGUCAUUAUCACUGUGGCAACGAGCGUGUAAGACAACUUCUCCACAGAAGCUUCUUUGUGUCAAAUAUAUGGGUGAAUGUGGGAUCGACUCAGGAGCAAUGGCAAAAGAAUUUUUAUCCGAUAUGGUUGUACAAAUGGGGCCUGCUAUGUUUCCUAAUGGUGCACCAGUUGAUUCAGCACAUAACAUCCAAAAUGGCAAUAUUCGAUCUUGCGGCGAAAUAGCAGCAACGUCCAUUGUUCAAGGUGGACCAGCCCCAUGUUUCUUGGAUGAGAGUACAUACAACAUGAUUGUCAAACCAGAAAUCGACAUGACUAGUUUAAAUACGGAGAAACAUCUUACUGCUAAUGAUCAGGAGCAGCUUGAGAACAUCAAGAAAGAUGUUAAUUCACACAAAAAUUUCAUCCUGGAAAAUGGGUACACAGGUAUUAUUGACGAUUCUCACAAAGAUGACAUUGUCAGGACAAUUAUGGUAAGCAUUAUUGGCAGACGAUUACUUUACUUGAAUGAGUUUGUUGAAGGUUUAAAGCUAAAUGGUGUUUUGGAAACUGUAAAAGCUAAUGCAGAAAUUGCCAAACAAUUGUUCGUGAUAGGAAUUGAAUGCCAGAAAGUCGAUGCAAAUUACGUGUUUUCGUUGUUGAGUCCCGAGUAUUCAGAUGAUGGCACAUCAAAAAGAAUUUUUGAAAAUUCCAUUAUGGAUAAUUUUCAAGAUUUUUUUAACACACUUGAAGACAAGUCGAUUUGUGCAUAUAGUGAAGCUAUAGCAUGGAAUGAUGGAAACCCAACUGAGCAAGUGUCUGAUGGUGCAGAAGAAUUAGGAGAGAAUUCACAGUUUCAAAUGGCAAAUCUCACCCCUGCAGGAGUCCUUGGUUGGCUCACAGGACAACGGCAUGUAUCAUUGAAUGGUGAUACAAUGAACAUUAUUGUAAAAUUAGAUCAUGAUUGUUUGGCAUGCAACCCUCACCAUACAAUUUGUUUUCCCACCGUUGGAGCCUGUGGCAAAGUUGUAACAUUGCCAGUUGCUCACAUGAGGGAGAGCAAGCAGUUCCAAGAUGUUUUCCUGAUUGCAUUUUGCAAUGGUGGUGCUUUUGCAACUCCUUAAACCUUUAUGAGCCAGAGCAUAUGUACUUGCUACAAUUUCUACUUCAAGACAUUGAAACAGAUAUAUUGUAAACUUUAUUGGACAGUAAAACAAGACAUACCAAACGGCACAAGUGCAAACGGGACUCGAAGUCCCAUGCGAGGCACUCUACCUUUUUACAAAUUGAUUAAAUUACAAAAAAAUUAUUGUUACGAUGACUACAACUAAAAUAAACACAUGCCAAUUGUUUGAAGCUCAAACAUAUUAAAAUGUGGUUGGUUUAAAUAAAGUGAUUACAAUACAAUAAAAAACCCAGCCAAUACUGCGUUAUACCUAGAAUAUCAGAAAACAAUUACAGAAAUACUCAAGCAACAAGCAUAUGUUUACUUUAGAAACUAUUAGAUAAGUUAUAUUAAGACCUAUGACACGAACAACUACGACAUAAAGACCAGGUACAUGGCAUAUCUACAUUGUAACUAUUUUCUAAUAACUGUACGUAUGUUCUUGACAAAAAAAUUUAAACAGUUAGACUGCAAAGGUCUGCAGGACAAGCUAUUUUACACACACAAUUCCAGAGAGGGACAAUACGGUUAAAGAAGGACGACUGGAAAGCACUUGUUUUACACGACGGAACUUUAAGAACGAGAGAAGGAUUUUCACAGUUACGAGUACGAUUAUGACUGACAAACGACACAAAAUUAGAAAUAUUUAAAUCGUAAAAUCCAUUUAGCAACUUAAAGAAAAAUGUCAAAUCCUUGAUUUCUCUGUCGAAUGUCAACGGGAGAAGAUUUAACAUCUGCAAUCGAUUCCUAUAUGUGAUGUCCCACGUUUGGAGGAUCCAUCUUGUGGCGCGCCUUUGCACUCUCUCCAACAGCGUUGUUGUUGUUAUACUGCGAUGGUGACCAGACUUCUGCGGCGUAACAUAGCUGGGAUUUUACCAGGGAAAGAUACAAUGUGCGCCGAACAUUGCAAACUGUUAGGAAGGGACAUGUUCUUCGUAGUAGACCCAGCAUUACAUUGGCCUUGCUAACAAUCCGCGAUAUAUGCGUGUUCCAACAGAGGUUACUUGUCAAGGUGAUCCCGAGAUCAACUUCACUGUCCACGCAUUUCAAAUCAGCAGAACCAAGAUGGUAAUUGGUGAUGAGCUGCCUUCUACGGCGGGAGAUUGUCAUUAUUUCGCACUUAGAGGUGUUGAAAGUGAUGUUUGAAUCAACGCUCCAAACUCCUGCGCACGACAAGGCGGUCUGCAGGCAAGCACUAUCCUCGUUAGACGUUAUAGCCCUGUAUAGCUUCGCGUUGUCAGCGUACAAUCCUGUUGAUGUUGCUUGAGGGAUUGCGUCAGGGAGAUCAUUAAUGAAGAGAAGGAAAAGCAUGGGACCUAGAAUGCUUCCUUGUGGGACGCCAGAGGUUACUGGGGACCAUUCCGAAGCUACGCCUUCGACAACAACACGCUGUGUGCACCCACAUAGGUAGCUACUGAACCAGUCGUAAAGGUUUCCAGAUAUUCCAUACAUUCUAAGUUUCAUUAGGGGAAUGUUAUGAUCAACCGAAUCGAAGGCCUUUGCGAAAUCAAGGAAGAUAACGUCCGUCUGGAUAUUAUUAUCGAGUAGUUGUCCGAUUCGAUGAAGAGUUGUCAGAAGUUGGGUGACACACGAGCGACCAUGAAGGAAUCCGUGCUGAGCGUCAUUUAUCAUGACCCGAACAUGAUCACAGAAUCGAAUACAAACGCAUCGCCCCAAGACUUUGCUAAUAAUGGAUAGUAGGGAUAUUGGUCGGUAGUUUGUGGCAGGUUCCUUUUUCUCUUUCUUAUGAACGGGUGUGACAUUAUCGGAUUUCCAUUCCGAAGGAAGAGAUCCAGUGCAAAGGGAGUGGUUGAAAAGUGAGCAAAGGCUUGGAGCAAUAAUAGCGCUGCAUUCUUUCAGAAUCCGGCCGGGAAUACCAUCAGGACCAGUAGCUUUAGAUGGAUCCAGGUGGUAUAGGUGUUUAGCAACUUCUUCUUCUGAGAUGGUAAUGUCGGACAGUUGGGAAGAGGAAAUCAAAAAGGAGGUGGAAUUGUCAGGGUUCAUGGUGGUCUUAGCAGGACGGAAGAUGGAACAGAAAUAGGUGUUAAAUAGUUCUGCUUUUUCUUUUGGUGACUUUGCUGUGUGGUUGUUUAAGGUUAUGGUAGGAUUGAGAGAAGUAUGGUGGUGAAGAAUGGCUUUAUGGUAUUUCCAGAACAUCUUCGGGUUCUCAUUGAGUGAUGCUUCAAUUUUCGCGAGAUACAAUUUAUGUUUAGCUCUAAUUGCGUAUUUGAUUUGCUGACACAAAGUACGCAAUUUGAUUUUACGGUCCGCUGUUUUGUUCUUUCGGUAUUUCCUCAACGCAGUGUAUUUCUUACGUAUAAGGUGGCGAACUUCACCAUCGAUCCAGGGAGGGGAGUAGGUGUCCUGUAUAGUUUUCAUAGGAACAAAACUGGUCAUGAUAGACAAAAAUUUGUCUUUCCACUGCAACCAAUAUCAUCGAUACUGCCCGUUAGAGUAAUGUCUAAGGAUGUCUCUGACAAGGCUCUACCUAGUGCAGGGAAGUCAGCGUGGUUGUAGUUGUAUAUCACGCAUCGCACAGGUUUUGAUCUUGUGAACUUGGUACAAAUAUUGAAUUCAAUGAUGUAGUGAUCGGUAGGGAAGUUAUGUUCAUCGGAGGGAGAUGUUAGUACAUUUGAUAUUACCUCGGCACGAUUGCAAAAGAGCAAAUCAAGCUUGUUACCCGCGGCGUGAGUUGGACCCUCAACGAAUUGUUGCAAAAAAUUGUCUCCGAUAAGUUCACAAAGGACUUCGCUGUUCGCACAACCACCUGAACUAACUGGAGUUGAAUCAUUGUCUGACCAGGAGAUUGAAGGGAUAUUGAAAUCACCAACUAACACAAUACAGCUUGAUUCUGGGUUACUAAGCAACAAGUUGUUCAAAAGACUAAGACCAUCUGAAGAGGAACUAGGAGGACGAUAGUACACAUAAAGAAUUACUGGUUUAAUGUUCGCUUUGUUGAGUUGAACAACUAAUAACUCAACACCAUCUCUUUCGAGGUCACUGCGCCGAGUAACUUGCAAGCCUUCUUUUACAGCGAUAAGCACACCACCACCGAUCUUACCGAUUCUAUCUUGGCGGAAUAUGUUGAAGCCUGGGAGAAGUUCCGAGUCAAUGAUCGUAUUGUUCAGCCAUGUCUCGCAGAUACAGAUGACUUCGCAAUUGCUCCCGUAGACUAAAUCUUGAAGUAAAGUUAUUUUACAAACUUUUCUUGCAGGGAUGUUGUCGGUAGAGACGAACGACUUCACACUUCAGGCGUUCAAGUAAAGCACUUCUAGGCAGUUGUUAUCCGGCGUUCUACGAGAUUGAACAGGACCAGGGUUUGUGGUGAUAUCACCAGCGAGUAUAAUACACAAGAGAAGGUGCAAAUUACUAUUCGCAAUGUUAAGUUGAAGGCCAUAUCUGUGGUUAGACAUGAGAGGGAAAGUAGACUUACGUAAAGUAUUAUCGCCCGUGGAAGACCAAAGACAACACAACAGUAGCUCUGAAGAAAUGCUACAGAUAGUCUGGGGAAAUGUUCUAUCGUUGAGUUGAAUUACUGAUGGUUUUGAUCUUAUUGAUAACCAAAAAGUUAAAAUGAGAAAAGGGAGAUACCCAAAAACUUUAUUGAGCAUUUUAUUGAAGGUGGAUUCAUUUGAUUUAAUUAAACUCCAUUACAUAAGACAGUUGUUGCCAUGGAGAGCGACGCCAGACAGGAUUUAAAUUUCAAGGUUCCAACGGUCAGAAAAAAAUAAAUUUGAAUAAUUCAUGAACAGAACAUUUAGAUGACACCAAAAUUGUACGGAAUAGCCGCAAAACGAUUAGUAGAUCACACAGCAAGAUUCGGACGAAGGGGGCAAACGACGACAAAGAUAUUGUUCAUUAACCAAAAUUUUCCGUUGUAGUACUACAAUAAUACGAUCCAUCAAACCAAACCAAACCAACUUGAAACCACGAUACAAAUCCAAUUCCAAAAUACGGUGAGAGGAUGCACGAAAUCCUUAGCUUUAAUUAAAUAUAAAACUUAAUAUAAUAGCUGAGAAAUUAACUGAAAAUUUUUAUAUUUAAGCGGAGCUCGCUCAAGCGUAAACCUAAACUAUUGACCGUAGAUGCUUUUUACAUUCUAUAUAUACUGCUUAAUGUAUAUGUUCCAAUAUUCAUAUUUCGGGAAAGAAGCAUUUGACGUUUGUUAUAUUUCGUUGUUAUAUACUGAUGAAUUCAGUGGAAAAUCUAGUUGUAAUUGCAGGUUCUAUAAUAGGCACAAAGCAUAGCUGUUGGCUUUCAACACUCGUUGACAUUGUGCUAAAAAGUAAAUGUACAGAACAAAGAAAAAAAGCAUAUAACUAGACGUUUGCAACAAACGUUUGAUUCAAGUUUGAACAAUUGAGAUCUUUGUUAACAGAUGCGUUAAAUGUUUUGAUAAUUAUAUUACGUACGCCAUUAAGUAAAUAUGGUUGAAAGGCAUGAUCCGAGGAGGAAUUUUACUGUAAACAUCAUGCUUUGCAUAGUGUUUGAAAAAGAGCCGUCAAAAUUACAUUAAUUUUAAAAAAAUUUAUUCAAUAGCUAUAAACAUUUUAUCUUUAACUUAAGACAUCCUCGGAGCAACAAAUACUGACAAUUUAAUACAGUACGACUAUUUACAAGGCACGACUUAAAUUUGGACUGGAAGUAAUAAGUUCGUUAGAGAAAAAGCAGGAUGAAAAAAAAUUAAAGUCAUCCAUGGAAGCUUACCAGUGUGUUCUAGUCACUAUUUUUAGUAUUGGGAACUAAAAUAAUAUUUUUCAAUUAAGGGUUUCUACACUUUCUGUACUUGUAACUCGUACGGGAGUAAAUACCUACAGGUCAAAAAGGUUAUAAUCCUAAAUUGACGGGAAAUUUUUCACAUCAAAAUAUUCCUCUUUUUGAUCAAACUUAUCAUUUGUGAAAGUCUGCUUGGCUUGUAGGUCCAAGUAUGGCUGUUUAUAUAAUUUUACACAGACUAUCAGUUAUAGCCAAGUUAACAAUUAAAAUUCAUUAAAUUGUCCUUCAAACUCUAAAGUUUUUUGAACUGCAACACACUCUACUAUAUUACUAGAAAUACAUGCAUGCAGUGCAGUACUCUUCACUAGUUCAAUCCUGCUAUGGGGUUUAUGCAAGUUUAUGUCGCUACUGUUUCAGCCAGCAAGCCUCAUUUGCAAGCUGAGAGAACAUGUGGUAUCAAAACAAAGCUCGAUGGCAAGAACAAUACCGUGACACAUCCAGGGGAGUGUCUCGUACAUCUAAAUAUAACCAUACAAAUUUGUUUAAACAUCACUUUUUAGUUUGACAGAAGUUCCCCUUUAAUGAUUCAUUUAAAGACCGUUUGCAUAAUUUUUUAGACGAUGGUAUAAUGCUAAACCUUCUCUCCAAUCCUGAGGGUGGCUUAGACCACAUCGAUCCAUUACAUAGUCGAAGUAAGCUUUAUGUUCGUUUUCAUCUUCCUAGGUAUCUGCAUAAUUUUCUAAAACUUGUUGGCAUUGUUCCUCAUUGACAACUUCUAAGAAAUCUUGUGUGUUGUGCAUUUCGGGCAGAUGAAAUAGUUAAUCGGGUCUCCCAGGAACUGUGUCAUGCCUUGAUCUUCGGAUAUAAUGUGUAUUCCAAUGGUGUUUAACAAGGUCCAAGUCCUGCUGGAUUAGAUUCGAAAAACAAAACCACAGACAUUCCAUUUCAAGAUCAUUUCCUGUGGUAAAAACUUCUCGUUCCAUCAAGUCUUUAAAAAAAUGUAUCUACCAAUUGGCUCUGCUCCUCCUGAAAUAUGACCACCACCCUUCAAUUCUCUGAUUAUGUGGAGAUGUACCAUAUAUAUGGGCUUGUUCAUUAUUUGUAAAAUAGCACUGUGCAGCUGCAGCCACAAUCAGAUCUCAAUUUUCUGGGGCAUCCACCACAUGCAUCCACAGCAUUCAGAAAGAAUCUUAAUAUAACUUACGGGUUGUUGUUUGAUCUUGAUAACUGCAACCAUAGCAUCUUGCGGCUAAAACCAUCAAUACACCCAUGAAUGGGAAACCCAUAUGGUUUAAGUUUGUCAUAGCCGUGCAAAUGCCAACAAUAAUUUGGCUCUGGGUUUACAUAAACCCUUCUUCUCAGCCGUUUGGCCCGUCUUAUUCUGCAACCUUCCGGAUCUAAUUCCUUCAAUAAAUCUUCAACCGUUUGUCUAGGUACCAUAUAUCCUUCCUGUUGAAGAGUAUGCCACAUGGAGCGAUAACCAGACAUAAUUUAAAAUAAUAUUUUAUAGCAAUCGUCUCAUGACAAAGUUCGGUGCCACAUGAGCAACAAAAGUUAUCAUCGAGUGCAACUUCUCGUUCACAAGUAUCACAAUUCGCCAUGUUUUAACAGUUAUUACCGCAAAUUGGUUAUUAUAUGAAGUAGCAAAGUAGUUCUAUGAAAUACCGCUGACCAUGCAUUUGAUGUGACGAAUUUGAAUUUGAUGUGAUAAUUUGAUGUGAUGAAUUUGAAUUUGAUGUGAUGAAUUUGAAUUUGAUGUGAUGAAUUUAAAUUUGAUGUGAUGAAUUUGAAUUUGAUGUGAUGAAUUUGAAUUUGAUGUGAUGAAUUUAAAUUUGAUGUGACGAAUUUGAAUUUGAUGUUUGUAAUUUGAAUUUGCUGUUUCAUUAAUAUUCGGUGUUGCACUUCUGGGCCACCGUACCUUUGAGACAUUAUCAGCUGGAAAAAGUUUAAAGACCGUGUUUGUAUUGAUACAAACCAUUGUUUAAUGCAUGCCAAUAAGCAAUGUGUCUCAGAGAUAGUUCUCACUGUGCACUUGCAGUGUGAGAGUCUACGAAAGUGGGUGAUGUCAGGAAGAAAGCUUCACUUUUGCAUAGUGGUACAUCAUGUAGCUACAUACAAAUGUUGAAUACCUUCCUGUACGCAAAUUGCGGCUACAGAGUAAAACAGAACUGUCAGCGUGUGGAGAAGUGAUCGGAGAAAGAGUGUAGCGAAAUAAAGCGGAAAUUUGUUGGGAAAAGUGGGGCAGCCUACCGAAAACUUUCUCAGCAAGACCUACAUCUGGCCCUGAAGUUCAACGAGUUGAUGACUGUUGGUGAAGUGGAGUCUACCUUGGCUACCGAAAAAGAAAGGUGCGAGAGUAUUGAAAAGACCAACCAAAAACUCAACAAGUCUUUAUCUGAAGCAGCAGUGGUUAACUCUUUUUCAACCUACCGGUUUCGCAUUACAUUAUGACACAAUUUUUCUAAUAUAAAUAUCUCGGCGAGUAUUUACCCCCCUUUCAAAUAAAAGGCACCAUUGAAAUCCUCAAAAAAUAACCUUUUGAACGGGGGGGUCAAGUGCUGUCAAAACAUUACACAAACUGAAACAGUCAUAUAUUUACUCACCGCUUGGCCAAAGAUUCUAAAGUUCACAUCCAGAAAAUCUUGAAUAUCUCUUGAACUUGUCGUCAUUGUCUAAACGGCUAUAUGUGUAAAUACUCUUUGUAUUCAAGCGCUUUCGUGUACAAAAUUUCGUUUGAAUAUGGCAAGUAGAAAUAUUUAUUUUGAAUUUUUCAAGAUGUCGGGUUUUACUGACACUCGCGUACAUUGCACAAUAAUUGGCCCAUAAGAAGCUCCUGUGGCCGGGAUGACGUCAAACUCAUGUGUAUAGGUGCAAUUUGAUCUGUAGAAUUCAUUUCUGACAUUCGCAAGGUCAUACGAUACAAACGUCGCAUUGUUUUUGACGGUUUUCAGUCGUAUUUCCGGUUGGGAUUAACUCACUUCGAACUCACAGUCAGACAAGAAAUGGAAAUAUAUUGAUAAAAGAUACAUAUUUGAAGAUACAGGCUUGCAAAUAACACUCUAAAUAGUGUUUUUGAUGGGGGAUUCGAACAAGACUAUUACAAAGACGAUAUGUUCGAAGGGGCCGAAGUUAUUUUCAGCAAAAGGUACGGCUAGUCAGUCUAUAUUUUUGUUCAGACAAUUGC